AUGUUUCUUGAAACAUUGGGCGUCCCUGUUGCAGCACUCCUUGUGCUAUUCAUUUUGGUUUUAUCCUUUGCCUUGUUCCAUCCAAACCACCUCCAAGAUGAUAGGAAACACCCACCAGGUCCUAAGGCUUUGCCAAUUAUUGGUAACCUUCACAUCCUGGGAAAACUCCCACAUCGAACUCUUCAAGCUCUUGCCAAAAAAUAUGGUCCCAUAAUGUCCAUCAAGUUAGGACAGGUUCCAACCAUUGUUGUUUCCUCACCUGAAACUGCAGAACUAAUCCUUAAGACCCAUGACACUGUCUUUGCUAGCAGGCCCAAAAAUCAAGCAUCAGAAUACAUGUCUUAUGGCAACAAGGGCAUGGCGUUUUCUGAGUAUGGACCCUAUUGGCGCAUGGUCAGAAAGUUGUGCACCACGCAACUUUUAAGUGCAUCAAAGGUUGAGAUGUUUGGUCCUUUGAGGAGGGAGGAGUUAGUAGUAUUUGUGAAGUCACUUGAAAAAGUAGCAGCCUCAGGUGCUGUUGUGAAUGUGAGUGAACAGGUUGGGGAGCUUAUUUCCAAUACUGUCUGUAAAAUGAUACUUGGUCGCAGUAAAGACGAUAGAUUUGACCUAAAAGGGCUUACUCGUCAGGCUCUGCAUUUGACUGGAGUUUUCAAUAUAGCAGAUUAUGUACCUUGGGCAGCCAUCUUUGAUAUUCAGGGAUUAAAAAGAAAAUUCAAGAAAACUAGUAAGGCAUUUGACCAAGUGUUUGAGCUAAUUAUCAAAGAUCAUGAAGAUCCUACUGAUAGCCACAAGAAAAGUGUGCACUCUGAGGAUUUCGUGGACAUACUUCUAUCACAUAUGCACCAAGCCAUAGAUCAGCAGCAUGAACAUGAACAUGAACAUGUCAUUGAUAGAACUAACAUCAAGGCUAUCAUAUUGGAUAUGAUUGCAGGAUCGGUUGAUACAUCAGCUGUGGCAAUAGAGUGGGCAAUGUCAGAACUUCUAAGACACCCAAGGGAUAUGAAGAAACUUCAAGAAGAGUUAGAGAGUGUAGUGGGGAUGAAUAGGUUAGUGGAAGAGAGUGACUUGUCAAAGUUGACAUUUUUGAACAUGGUAGUGAAAGAGACUUUAAGGCUAUAUCCUCCGGGGCCCUUGCUAGUGCCUCGUGAUUCCCUAGAGGAUAUUACUAUUAAUGGCUAUUACAUAAAGAAGAAGACAAGAAUUUUGAUCAAUGCAUGGGCUAUAGGACGAGACCCUAAAGUAUGGUCAGAAAAUGCUGAAACAUUCUACCCAGAGAGAUUUGUGAACAGUGACAUAGACAUUAGAGGACAUGACUUCCAACUUUUACCAUUUGGUUCUGGUCGCAGAGGAUGUCCUGGGAUACAUUUGGGUCUAACCACAUUUAGCUUUGUUUUGGCUCAGUUAGUGCAUUGCUUCGAUUGGGAGCUUCCAAUUGGCAUCACUCCUAAUGAUUUUGACAUGACUGAGACAUUUGGCCUUUCACUACCAAGAAGGAAGCAUUUGCUAGCUAUCCCGACUUAUCGUCUAUCGAAUUUGGAACAUAUAAUUUAA